UUCAGUUGAAAAUGGAUAGUGGGCUAACAAGCAGCUGACGAUACCAUUGUGGCCUGAUGAUCUCAAUCCCAAACUACUCCUGUGUGUUGUCCCCUCUGCGGCCUCUUUCCAGCCCGCCCCGGCGCCCAGCCAGACUGCAGACCGCGCACGGGCCAGCUGUCUCGGCACUUUAAGUAGGACCACCUUCUACCACUUCCUUUGUUCUUCUUCUUAUUACUACUACUAGCAUGAAAUCUCUUUAAUAUACUUCCGUCGCUUUGUUUGGUGCUUUGGCAUUCUUACCCCUGCCCCCCCCUCUACCCCCGUCGCUCCCAUACUUGCCAGUGACAGGCCCUCAAACUUAAACUCUCAGUUCUGUUUACUUUCCAUUAUGGGCAGCCAACAUGACUCUGCCAGCAUCGACGUCUCGGUAGCCCUGGCACCGUGUGAUCUUGAGGCUGUCCUAGGUCUGGUGGGCAACAUUGCGUCCCUCUCAAAGGACCUGACCGCUACAGACCAUGAGACGCGCCUCAAGGUUCUCGCCGACGCGCGCGCCCUCGUCCAGGCCCUUGAGACGCCCCGAGAGACGAUGCUUCGACACCUUUGGACUAAUGGCACCAGCACGGCCGCUCUGGCCAUCGGGGUGGAAACUGGACUGUUCGUCCACAUGCUCCAGAACAACGGGGCCCCGAAAAAGGUCCCUGAAAUCGCAGAGGCCCUAGGAGCGGAGUCCGACCUCCUCGCCCGCAUCAUGCGCUAUCUUGCUAGCAUGGGUUACAUUGCCGAAACUGGAAUAAACGAGUUUGCCCCGACCAAUUUCUCCAAGGCCAUGGCUAUCCCCCUUAUCGGGAACGGCUAUCCGAGCGGGUGUCGCCUAGUGAUCCCGGGCACCUUGAAGCUGCCAGAACACAUGCGGGAAUGCGGCUACCGCCCGUCGACCGACACGUCGGGGCUGUCCGCCUUCCAGCGCGCGAACGGCACCACGCUCGACUGCUUCUCGUACAUCUACUCGCUCCCGGGCGAGGCCGAGUACUUUAGCCAGCACAUGGCUGCCUCGCGGCUGGGCACGCCGCGGUGGAUGGACGUCGGCUUCUACCCGGUGGCACGCCGCCUCAUCCACGGCGCCGAUGACGACAAGGACUCUGGUGUUGCGUUUCUCGUCGACGUCGCCGGCAGUACGGGGCACGACAUUAAAGCUUUUCGCCAAGAGUAUCCAGACGCUCCAGGUAGGCUGGUGCUGCAGGACCUGCCCAAAGUGAUCGCCACUGCUGCCACCCUGGGACUAGAUCCCAAGAUUGAACUCAUGGAGCACGACUUCUUCACUGAGCAGCCCCUCAAAGGCGCAAGGACGUAUUACAUGCACAGAGUGCUGCACGACUGGAGCGACGAGGAGGCGCUGCGGAUCCUGAAGCACAUUAAGGACGCCAUGCGGCCUGGCUACAGCCGACUUCUGAUCAUCGAGAACGUGAUCCCAGCGAAGGGCGCGCGGUGGGAGAUGACGGCCACCGACCUGAUCAUGCUAAUGUUUACCGGCGCAAAGGAGCGCACCGAGACCGACUGGCGUGCGUUGCUCGAGAAGAGCGCGGGCCUACGGGUUACGGGCAUCUGGACGGGCACCAACAGCCUCGAGAGCCUCAUCGAGUGCGAGCGGGUGUCAUGAGAUGCGCUGCCUUUUCUGGAACUUGCCAGUGUUUGCCUUUUGCGUUUCUAAAGGCGUGCGGUACAUUGUCACAGCUAGAGCUUUCCUUCUUACGUCCCUUUCUGGUUUGAUGGGGAGCUUUGCUCAUCUUCAAACUACCUUCUUUAUAGGUCCAGUGAUGAUUAAUUAAAUGCAACUAGAGGUUGGUUCAAUAUAGCCAUUGAGCAGAGGUUUGCGGAGGUCCAGGCACGAAUGCGGAGGUCCAGACACGAAUGCGGUUGUCUCAGUGGGCACAUUAUCUUGCCAUCAUUUUUGGCUCUUGAGCCUCGUGUUUUCACCAGCUCGACUCUCACCUACUGAUUCAAGCAUUCGUAAAAACUUAUACGCUCUGACAAAUCAUGUCACCAAAACCCC